UGAAGCUACUGUCAGUCGAAAGCCUAUACUAUUUCCUGCCAAAACAGGCUUUCAUAUCCUUUAAAGUGACUCAUUUUGUAAGUACAUUGACACUGGAUUCACCAAUGAAGUUGAAGUUUGACAAAGUGUGUUUAAUAGCAGCAGAAACGAAACCGAAACUAAACAAGCCUAUUCGGGGGAAACUGGUAUCUGUUUGGUAGUUGUUGCGCUUUUGGUUGUUACAAAUUCAGCAGGAGUGUGACAAGAUGUCUUCCAGCUGUGAAGAAGAAAACAUUGGUCUCAUUGAAAUUUUCAAAAAUCGAUUACGAAGACUCAUUCUCGUCGAUCCUCUUCUGGAUCGUCUACAUUUUAUAGAAGAGGAUGACAAAGAAUCGAUUAGAGCUACGGUACAGAACAAGGGUAACUUAGCAGCAGCGGACCAACUCUUAGACAAAAUUGUAAAAGGUCCACGAACAGAAGGUUGGUUUAAUCAACUAAUAGACGGUCUGGAAACAGUCGGCUGUAAGCAUGCAGCUAAUUAUAUCAACAACAACCCCCCUACUCCGUCUUUGGAGGCCGAAAAUGACAACUGCGUCAGGAUGAUACAACUUCUUCAGUCGACACUGGAAACGAUGAAGACACGAGAUGUCUGCACCAGCUGUCACACAAUGGACAUUUUAACUGACGAGGAUCGCGAGAAUAUUUUAGCAGAGACGGAAAACUUUGGAAAUAGAAGGGGUGCUCGUUUACUGCUCAGAAGAGUUGUAAGGAAUGAAGCUGGGUGGUAUUCCCUAUUGCUCAAAGCAUUGAGCAAGACCGAGCACUUGACAUUGGUCAAAGAACUCCAAGGAGAAGAUCUGGUGGAGGAGGAAGGUGAAGGUGAUGCACCGCAUGCUCUUAAAAAUGACAAGGAACUUGCUGUCAAACACCUCAAAAGGAACCAGGUUCCACUUUCCCAAGCGGAGGCCCCCGCCAGCCUUCUGGAGACAUCCUGUGAUAGUCUCUUAGAUUCCAUCUCAAAUGUGUCUUUGGAUAGCACUCUUGACAGCUCAAUGGACCUCUAUAGUGAUGACUUUCAUCAGAAUGAGACCAGUCGUACCAAUGACAGCAUGGAUUGCUCCUCACCAGACGGUGGCGAUGGGGGGGCCGUGGUUGCGACGGAGACGGCCGCAACGGGAGGCCCAGAGGAGGGGGACAUCGUUCUGAGGGACUAUCAGAUGGAGGUGGCCCGGCCGGCCCUGGAGGGCCAGAACAUCAUCAUCUGCCUGCCGACAGGAAGCGGGAAGACCAGAGUGGCCGUCUACAUCACGAAGGAACAUCUGGACAGCAGGAGGAGGAAGGCGCAGCCGGGGAAGGUGGUGGUGCUGGUGAAUAAGGUUCCUCUGGUGGAGCAGCAUUACUCCACUGAGUUUGGGAGAUUCCUGCGGCAGCGGUACAAAGUGGAGCGGGUGAGCGGAGACUCUCAGCUGAAAAUCUCUUUCCCGGAGGUCGUCAGAAAGAAUGACAUCAUCAUCUGCACGGCGCAAAUCCUGGAAAACUCCUUCGCCAACGCGAAGAAGAAAGACGAGGACGGGAUCUCCUUGUCAGACAUCACCCUCCUGGUGAUCGAUGAGUGCCACCACACCCAGAAGGGAGGCGUCUACAACCACAUCAUGAUCCGCUACCUGAGGCAGAAGCACCGCAACGCCCUGCUGCUGAAGGAGCAGGCGGAGCCGCAGCCCAUCCCUCAGGUCCUGGGGCUGACCGCCUCGCCCGGCGUCGGAGGCGCCAAGACCCAGCAGAAGGCCGAGGAGCACAUUCUCAAGAUCUGUGCUAAUCUGGAUGCUGUUACCAUAAAGACGAAGAACCUGGCAGAGGAGUCCAAUGCUCCUUUCAAAAGGAUUGCGAGCGCUGACAAGAGGAAAGAGGAUCCCUUCGGAGAUGUCAUCAAGGGUGUCAUGGAGCAGAUUCACGCUCAUGCCGGGGUCACCCCACUGUGUGAGUUCGGGACCCAGAACUAUGAGCAGUGGGUGGUCCUGACAGAGCAGAAUGCCGCUAAGGACAAAAACACCAAAGUGAGAGUGUGCGCCGAACACCUCCGCCAGUACAACGAGGCCCUGCACCAGAGCAACACCAUCCGAAUGUCCGAUGCUUUCAGCUUCCUCGACAAGUACUACGACGAGGAGAAGAAGAAGAAGUACGACCCCGAAGAGGAAGAGAACAUCAACUCCACUGACACUGAAAGAUUCCUGUUCACGUUGUUCAAAGACAAGAAGGAAAAGUUGCGGGAGCUGACCAAACAGCCCCAGUACGAGAACAACAGCCUGGCCAAGCUGCGCGAGGUCAUCCUGAAGGAGUUCACCAGCCGGACGGAGGCCCGCGGCAUCAUCUUCACCCGCACGCGCCUCAGCGCCAUCGCCCUCAGCCAGUGGAUCCAGGAGAACCACAAGUUCGAGGAGUGCGGCGUGCGGGCCAGCCAUCUGAUCGGAGGCGGAGACCAGAGCCUCGUGAAGCCCAUGACCUCGGCCGAGCAGAGGGAUGUCCUGCAAAAGUUCCGCCAGGGGGAGAUCAAUCUGCUCAUUGCGACAACGGUUGCAGAGGAGGGUCUGGAUAUAAAGGAGUGUAACAUAGUUAUCCGUUACUGCCUGGUCACCAAUGAGAUCGCCAUGAUUCAAGCGCGAGGCCGAGGGAGAGCGGAGGACAGCAGCUACACUCUGGUGGAGACGGAGGGGUCGGGAGUGGCCGAGCGCGAGAGCGUCAACGAGUACCGGGAGAAGAUGAUGAGCAAAGGCAUCGCCAGAGUGGUGAGGCUGCCCAAGGCAGAGUACGACAAUAAGAUAAAAGGCUUCCAGCUCCAGGCCAUCAUGGAGGAGAGGGUGCAUGCCAAGAAGAAGAAGCAGAAGAGCAUGCAGCAGGAAGACCCCUCCAAAGUCAGCUUCAGCUGCAGGCACUGCCACAGGGCCGUCUGCUCAGGAGAGAGCAUCAAAGUCAUCGAGAACAUGCACCAUGUCAACGUCACCCCUCGAUUCCGUGAUCUGUUCACAGUGCAAGAAAAUGCUUCACUUCAAGAGAGACAACUGGACUAUGAGGCCAAUGGAGUUAUAGCAUGCAAAGACUGUGGGCAUAGAUGGGGGUCCAUGAUGUUGUACAAAGCGAUUGACGUCCCCUGUCUUCACAUCAAGAACUUUGUUGUGACGUACAACAGCAAAAACAAGGUCUUCAGCAAGUGGGGUGAGCUUUCCAUUCGCUUUCCAGCCUUCGACUACGCUGCACAUGCAGUGGAUUUGGUGGUGGCUGAGAACUCCGAGGAUGAGGAGGAGGACACCAUGUGAAGUUAACAAUGAGUCAAUAUAGUGAGACACUGUCUUUCAUGGCCCAGAUAUGUAAUAAUGCACUGCGUGAUAAUAAUGCACUGCGUGAUAUUUCAGCUUCCUCUUACUUCAGGGGCCAUACAGAAAGGGCACCUCUCUUUACUUCAUCGUACACAUCUUAUCCAUGAACUUAAAGACAAUAAAUGCACUCUUGUCUGUCUACUGGGUACAUCUCACCGUGGCUUUCAGCAGGCAACCCAGGGGAUUGGGUGGGACAUCUCUAUUCACAAAACACUGGCAACAACACUAGCUGCAUGUAGUUCUAAGUGAUGAUCAUUCUUAAUCUGGGACUUGUGUUCUCAGUAUUCUGCGACAGAUGUUGUCUGUGCCUCUGGCAAAAGUUCGUUCAUAUUUGAGCUCAAUGGCCAAUCUAAUUACACCUCUCCCCUCUAUCCUCCUGAAGCAAUGUGUUGUUUGACUCAGUGUAUGGCUCAGUCCAAGUCUCUUUGUUUCUGGGCGCACACCCAGACUUAAUGUGCGAAUACAUAUUGCGCACAUCUACAUAUUGCAACAGGUGUUGGAUAUUGACAGCUGCAAAAGGAAAGAAACAUAUCUCCACACACUGUGUUUUGCUCUCAAGGUGAUUUAAUGAUACAGUGUUUCACUCAGUUCUUCAUAAGGUACAUCAAGACCGUACAGCUAGACUGGACCGAAAGGAGCAAUUUGCUGAAUUUGCCGAAAAACGUACUGGAUUUGAGUCACUGACUGCACUUUUGAUUCUGUAAUUCAGAUCGAUCCAUUUGUCAUUGUUGUUAAUUAAUGAUAGUAAUUGCAUGACGUCAUUAUUUCUGGUGUAAUCAACAUAAUUAAUAGUAAUAAAUUAUGAUCUAUCCUGGC